UCAAAAUUAAAUCAGUGUAUUUAGUAUCAUCAUCAACGUCAUAGUAUUUUUCCUCUAUCUUUUUGCUUUCGACUCUUUGUUUUUCUUUCUCGAUCUCCAAUUUCAUUAUCAAGAUCAUCAACAAUUUUUUUCUGAUAAAGUUCGUCAAAUCUUCAUCUGUAUUAUUAUCAUCAUCAUCAAAGUUAAUCAUAUGCGACGAAUUAUAACAACUUUCGCAAAUCUGGAACCCUAAUUUCUUGAUUUUGAACAAAGAAAAUAUUGUAGAUCUAAGUUAAAAAAAAAAAAAAUCAAACAUCGCGAUUUCUUUUUUUAUUUAAUUUUCUGGUUACAAAUCAGAAAUCUUGUUAUAUAAAGUGUAGAUCGUGAGAUUUGAUAUAGGAUUAGAGAACACGAAACCCUAGAUUUCGCCGAUUUCGCGGAUUUCGCCGAUUUUGAUAUUGAUAGGAGAGAGAAAAAUGAAAGUAUCAGGUGGUGAAGAUGGUGAUAUUCCAGAAUCAGACGCCAUUGUUGAGAUGAAACAUCAAUCAAAGACUACGACGACAACGACGACAACGAUAACAUCGGAUUCAUCGAAUAAAAAAGAUAAUAACAGUUAUUGGAUGAGAGAUCUGUACAAGUAUUCAUCGUACAGAGGAUAUGGCGCUGCGUCAGGUUUAUACAAUUUAGCAUGGGCGCAAGCAGUACAGAAUAAGCCAUUGAAUGAGGUACUUGUUGAGCUGGAUGAUAAGAAAAACAAUAAAAAUGCAAGUACUGAUGAUACUAGUGUUAAUAAGGAACAAGGUGAAGUACAACAACAUUGUGUUGAAAGUAAAGAGGUUUUUGAGGUGGUUGACAGUGAGAAAGAAGAAGGAGAAUUGGAAGAAGGCGAAAUCGAUUUUGAUUCUGAUGAUACUGGUAAUAAUCAUAAUAGUAAUGGUAAUAAAGUUCAGGAUGAUUUUGGUGGAUUGGAGAUGGAUGAUGGUGAGUUGGAGAAUCAAGUGUCUUCUAUUCGUAAAGUUCUUCAUAAUGUUACUGUUGCUGAAGCUCAUAAAUCAUUUGAUAUUGUGUGUGCUCGAUUGAGGACUUCUUUGGAGACGUUGAGAGAGUUGGUUUUGCAUACAUGGUUUCCUUCCAAAGACGCGCUCAUUCAACAAGCUUUUGCUGCAAUUCAGUGUGUAUACUCUGUUUACAGUUCUAUGAGCCCUACCUUAAGAGAUCAGAAUAAGGAUAGGAUGUCAAGGUUGCUUACUUCUGUCAUGGACCUUAGUUCUGUUCUUUUUACACCGGAACAGAGGAAAGAGGUGGAGGGUAUGAUUACCUCUGUUAACCCCCCGAUUGUUCCAGUGAAACCCAAGUCGAGGGACAGGCAGGAAGAAUUGCCUGUUACAGAGAAGGCUAUCCUCACCGAUUCUAAUACAUUGACUGUGAAUACUGGUGACAAUAAGUCAGACUUAUUGAAGAAAGUGGGACCCGAAUUGUCUGUUUAUCAGUCGGAAAAAAAGAACACUGACAUUUUAUCAGAAGCAAUGAGACAUUUUCCGUCUAGCUUAAAGGUCAGAAGCAGUUUCGGCCCUCUGCUUGAUCUCCAUAAAGUUCAUGAUGAAGACAGCCUUCCAUCUCCUACCAGCAAGACAAUGCCUUCCUUGCCUUUCUUUGAAACGGCUCCUCCUCGAGUAGUGCAUGGUUUGCAGAAAUCUGGUGUGCACCCUUAUGAAACUGAAGCAGUGAAAGCUGUGUCAAGCUACCAACAAAGAUUUGGUCGGAGUACAUUCUUAGCAACGGACAUGCUUCCCAGUCCAACUCCUUCUGAAGAUGGCAAUGAAGGAGGAGCUGAUGACUCUAAUGAAGAGGUUUCUAGUUCUAGUGCCUAUACUAAUGUUGUUAGUAGGACAACAAAUUCCUCUGUAGUGCCACAACCAGUUGUUUCUUCUGCUGCUUAUACAAGUAGUUCAACCAUGCAAGGGGUGAUCAGUGGUACUAGUGCUGAGAGUUCUAGUGUCGGGUCUUCUCCUUCACUGCGAGCCUCAGCAAAGAGCCGAGAUCCUAGGCUUCGGCAUCUUAAUCCUAAUUUUGGCUCGUUAGACCUUAGUUUUUGUCCGUCUCCUAUGGUUCCCAGUUCAGCAUCUAAAUUGGAGCCGCUAGGGGAAAUUAUGAAAUCAAAGAAGACCAAGGCACUUGAGGGGCGCCUUCUGGAUGGUCCUACUGCCAAGAGACCAAGAAAUGGCCUGGAAACUGAAGAUAUGUCCAUGAAUGCAAAUCAAGUAAAAACUCUCCAGGGAAGUACUCGAAUGGAGACUUCUAGUUCUAGUAUUUUGGGACCACAAUCUUCCAGCAGAGGACUCUUGGGCCCAGCUAUUGAUCCUCGGAAACCAGGAAGUGGUACCGUUUCCUCCGGGAUUACUACAAACAAUCCUAGCAUGGCAGUAAAUAAAACGGCAAAGCCCUCAAUGAAUGUCAGUGGUUCUCCGUCCUUGCAGUCACUGUUGAAAGACAUUGCAGGGAAUCCAGGAGCAUGGAUGAAUAUUAUUAAGGAGCAGAACAAAUCCAGUGAACCUUUACAAAGUGUGUCACAUUCAAUGAACUCAAAUUCAAUAUUAGGAGCAGCACCCUCUGCUAUUGCUGUUCCACCUAUAUCAUCUGGGGUGGGACAGACAAGUGCAGGAUUGCUUCAGGUCCCUUCUCCGAAAGUGGUCACGAGCUCACAGGAUGAUUCGGCAAAACUUCGCAUGAAACCCCGUGACCCUCGUCGUGCCCUGCAUGCCAAUAUGGCCCAAAGGACUGGCAGUUCUGUGCCAGAACAGCCUAAGGUAAAUGGAGUACACAACACAACAACACAAGGACUCCAGGAGAAUAUCAAUGCUCAAAGAUAUGUUAAUGGAACGAGUCCAAGUGCUGCGUCAUCUCAGACCCCAAUCCUACCUGAUAUAACUAAGCAAUUUACAAAGAACUUGAAAAACAUUGCUGACAUUAUUUCUUCCCCACAAACGUCAAGUAUACAGUCUCCGCUAGCAGUAAGUUCUUUGUCGGCGCAAGCUAAUUCGGAUACGACAAGUAUUAGUUCUGGUGGACAAGCAAGUUGUAGUUCUGGUGGACCCGUGAUUACUGGUAAUCAGCGUACUGUGUGUGCAUUGAGGCCCGAAGAAGUUGUCUCGGGCCGUCCACAAUCACAGAACAAUUGGGGAGAUGUUGAGCAUCUCUUUGACGGAUAUGAUGAUCAGCAAAAGGCAGCUAUUCAACAAGAGAGAGCUAGAAGGCUUGAUGAGCAGAACAAAAUGUUUGCUGAUCGCAAGUUGUGUCUUGUGCUGGAUCUGGAUCACACGCUUCUUAAUUCAGCAAAGUUUUCAGAGGUAGAUCCUGUGCAUGAUGAAAUUCUGAGGAAGAAAGAGGAACAAGAUCGUGAAAAGCCUCGACGACAUCUCUUUCGUUUUCCACAUAUGGCAAUGUGGACAAAAUUACGACCUGGUAUUUGGAAUUUCUUAGAGAAGGCUAGUAAGCUUUUUGAACUGCAUCUCUAUACCAUGGGGAACAAGUUGUAUGCCACUGAAAUGGCAAAAGUGCUUGAUCCAAAGGGAACUCUAUUUGCUGGACGAGUUAUCUCACGGGGUGAUGAUGGGGAUCCUAUUGAUGGUGAUGAGAGGGUACCGAAGAGCAAGGAUUUAGAGGGUGUUAUGGGUAUGGAAUCUUCUGUUGUAAUAAUAGAUGAUUCUGCUAGAGUUUGGCCACAUAACAAGCUAAACUUGAUAGUCGUGGAAAGGUAUACUUACUUUCCUUGUAGUAGGAAACAAUUUGGGCUCCCAGGACCUUCACUUCUUGAGAUUGAUCAUGAUGAGAGACCAGAAGAGGGAACUCUGGCAUCUUCUUUGGCAGUCAUUGAGAAAAUACACCAAAACUUUUUCUCUCACAAGUCCCUGGAUGAUGUGGAUGUGAGAAAUAUAUUGGGAGCUGAGCAGCGGAAGAUUCUUGCUGGUUGCCGAAUCUUGUUUAGCAGGGUUUUCCCUGUUGGGGAAGCUAAUCCCCAUUUACACCCACUUUGGCAGACGGCAGAGCAGUUUGGUGCUGUGUGCACCAAUCAGCUAGAUGAACAAGUUACCCACGUAGUGGCAAAUUCUUUAGGGACUGACAAGGUUAAUUGGGCUCUGUCAACUAAAAGAUUUGUUGUACACCCUAGCUGGGUUGAAGCUUCUGCAUUGCUUUACAGAAGGGUUAAUGAGCAAGACUUUGCCAUCAAAACUUGAACAGCUACGACUCAUCCUGCUAUAGGUUGAGUCUUUGAGAACAGAAACCAUUAAGUGCAAAUUUUGAGAUUCAAUAGGUAGCCUACAUUCAUGAAAUGGCUGGAACUAGGGUGAACCUUACCUUAGAGGCUUAGACUUCCCUCAUUUGCCAGUGAGUGCGAUUGUAAUCUUCAUGGUGAGUAGCCCUAGUUUUCACUUUUCACCCCCUAAUAUUUUGCUCGACGUUUGGGAUGAUUGGAUCCCUCGAGAUUUGGAACCAGAUUCUUGAUGGGAGUAUCUUCUGUUGGGGGUGGCUGUGCUAGCCGAGGAGGAAAGGAUUCCACAGCAAAGGUUAUAACUCAGGAAGUAGUAACAGGCUAACGGCUUAGACCUUUGAUUUUACGUGGCAUGGUCCAAUGGUAGUGGGAUGGUGGUAGCCUUGGUGGAUGAAUCAGUUUCAUGGCUCACAAGAGGUUGAUCUCAGAGGUCAAUGUUGACUGUUGAGUCUUGCAAAUAUGACACUACGGAGGUGUUUUUGUUUGCUGAGGUUGUUACAAAAGUAUGAAAAUCCAGAGUGCAUAAUUGGAAGCUGGCCAAAACGAUUGCUCUACUAAGGUCAAAAUAUAAAUUGGAAUGAACUAACUAUAUGAACUACGAAAAAGAACAAACACGAAAAAAUCAUUUUUUGAGGAAAUGUGGACAUUAUAAAAGAUUUUUUGGACCAAAAUUGUGAGUUUAAAGUAAAUCUGAAUUGGUAUGGCGGACUGGGUGGGGUGUGUCAUACUAUAAUUGCAAUAUGCAAGUUUGUGAAGUUUCCAUUUUAGGUAACCUCGUAGAUAGAGGAUAUAGGAAAAGUAACAAAAGGUGAACUUUUCUUUCCUAUUGUUUUUGAUCUUAUUUUGUUCCUUGGAAGCCUUUGAGAAUAUAUCAUCAAAGAAUUCAGAUA